AUGUUUACUAAAGGCAUAGAUGGAGUAUUAAGGUAUGGAACCAAACUUUAUGUGCCCGAUAGUGAUGGAUUGAGAAGAGAAAUAUUGGAAGAAGCACACAUGGCAGCCUAUGUGGUACAUCUAGGGGUUACAAAGAUGUAUCAAGAUUUGAAAGAGGUAUAUUGGUGGGAAAGACUUAAGAAAGAUGUAGCUGAGUUCGUCUCCAAGUGCUUGGUUUGUCAACAAGUUAAAGUAGAGCAUAAAAGGCCUACAGGGCUACUACAGCCAUUACCAGUGCCCGAAUGGAAAUGGGAGCAUAUUGCAAUGGAUUUUGUAACGGGGGGGGCACAAUUCACCAGUAGGUUCUGGAAAAAGUUACAAGAAGCGUUGGGCACUAAGUUGGAUUUUAGCACAGCUUUCCACCCUCAGACUGAUGGACAGUCUGAACAGACAAUACAAAUAUUAGAAGAUAUGUUGAGGGCCUGUGUAAUAGACCUUGGGGUCAGGUUACCCAUUGGAUGGCUAGAGGUGGGAGAAAGGAAACUCUUGGGGCCUAAGUUGGUACAUUACGCCAUUGAGAAAAUAUGUAUGAUUCAUCAAAGGAUGUUCUCAGCACAAAGUAGACAAAAGUCAUAUGCUGAUAACAGACGAAGGAACUUGGAGUUUCAAGUGGGGGAUCAUGUAUUUUUGAAGGUCUCACUAACAAAAAGGGUAAUGAGGUUUGGCAAGAAGGGAAAAUUGAGCCCUUGGUAUAUAGGACCUUUCGAGAUUUUGGAAAAGGUUAGAGCAAUGGCAUAUCACUUGGCAUUACCGCCAGACCUUUCAAAUAUUCACCCCGUGUUUCAUGUGUCAAUGCUUAGGAAGUAUAACCCAUAUCCAUCUCAUGUAAUACGGUAUGAAACCAUCCAACUAAAAGAUGAUUUGACCUAUGAGGAGCAACCGGUAGCUCUCCUUGAUUGA